AUGGGCGACGCGCUCCAAUUGAAGCGGAGAAAAGUGACCAGGGCAUGUGUCUAUUGUCGACGCUCGCAUAUGAUCUGCGAUGAGCAAAGGCCGUGUACUAGAUGUGUGAGACGCAACAUUGCACACCUGUGCCACGACGAAGAGUCUGGGCAUUUGCAAGUUGAAAAGACUGGUUUGGAGCCAAAUCCUGGCAAAAAUGAUGCUGUGGGGGCCGUAGGCGGCAUUUUGGCGCGACAACCGAUGUUUGCAUCUGAACAUGUAGGCUCAGAGUUUUCGUCGCUCAACGAGUUUCUAAACAUGUUAGAGGACCCGCUAGUUCUGGAUGCAAACCUGGCUCCCAAUGCAGUACCACAGGUCGAGCAGCGUGCACAGGAACCAAUACAGGAGCAGUUGUCCUCGUACCAACCAACUUUGAAGGAAAAUUUCUUUCUGACUGCGGCAGAUCCGUCCGCAGAAAUGACACCCGAAGAUAGGCUCAAAUCGGUUAUCAACGCCAAGUUGGAGGCCGGACUUUUGAAGCCUUACAAUUAUGCCAAAGGUUACGCCCGACUGCAGACCUACAUGGACAAGCACAUGAAUUUCGCGUCCAAGCAGCGAAUUCUGAAACCACUCUCUAUCAUCAGACCAGAGUUUCGAGCCAUUGCACGGUCUUUGAAAGAUGUAGAUUUGAUUUUGGUCGAGGAAAGCUUCGAGCGUAUGUUGCUCUCGUACGAUCGAGUCUUCACGUCCAUGAGUAUGCCCGCGUGUCUGUGGAGAAGAACCGGUGAGAUCUAUCGUGGAAACAAAGAAUUCGCAUCCUUAGUGGGUUGCAAGGUUGGUGAUCUUCGAGACGGUAAAUUGGCAAUAUACGAAGUCAUGACUGAAGAGAGUACAGUUAGCUUUUGGGAGAAAUAUGGGUCCGUAGCGUUUGACAAGAACCAAAAAGCAGUUUUGACGCAUUGUAAACUUUGCAGAUCGGACGGUUCUGGCCAAACGACGUGCUGUUUUAGUUUUACUAUUCGCAGGGAUAGGUACAACAUUCCCAUAUGCAUUGUAGGUAAUUUCAUUCCGCUUUGA